AUGUCAGAUUCAUACCCACCUCUACCACUCCCAAAAGGAAUAUCAGAAUCCUACAUCCAGUCCCACGACUUAAAAUAUCACAUUCUCCACGCAGGCAACCCCAUACAUCCCCUCAUACUAUGCCUCCACGGAUUCCCCGAACUCGCCUUCUCAUGGCGGAAAGUCAUGCCCGCCAUAGCAGCCGAAGGGUAUCACGUGAUAGCAUAUGAUCAAAGAGGAUCUGGACGUACCAGCGGAUGGGAUACUGGCGAUUUCUCCUCGGUCGACCUAAAUACUACUACCAUCACGCGACUCGUUCGAGAUGCCGUUAUUUUGGUGCAUGCACUGGGUUACAAAGAUGUGGCUUGUGUGUUGGGACAUGAUUUUGGUGCUGUCGUGGCGAGAUCUCCCGUCCUUCCAUCCCAUCCCUCAAAUCCUCACCCACCAUCUUCAACACAAGAUAUCCACAAAGUACUCGCCUGUCUACCUUCACCCCGUAAACACUAUAAAUGGUAUUAUUCCAGCGCACCCGCCGCUUCAGAAAUGUAUUACCCCAAAUCAGACCUCGAGGCAUUUUUGCGUGGUUACUUUUACCUCAAGUCUGCCGAUUGGCGUGAGAAUCUUCCUCAUACAUUGAAAUCAUGGUCUGCGUCCGAAUUGCAACAAUUGCCACACUACUAUGUAAUGCCACUCAACUCCUCCAUGCGAGAAGUAGUACAGCAACAAAUGAACAAAGAAGACGCGUCAGAAGUCCAAAAACGCAUGUCAAAAUGGAUGACAGAUGAGGAUUUAGCAGUCUACGCUAAUGAAUUUGCAAGGACGGGUUUUCAAGGAAUGCUGAAUUGGUAUCGAGUCAAUACCGAUCCGCAAUGGAUGAAAGAUGUAGAACUAUUCGCAGGUCGAAAAAUUGAUGUUCCUUUGUUAUUUAUCGGUGGCAAGAGAGAUUGGGGUACCUAUCAGGAACCGGGUGUCGUGGAGAAUAUGAAUGAUGUAUGUACGAAGUUACGGGGCAUAGAAUUGGUGGAUGCUGCGGGUCAUUGGGUUCAACAGGAACAACCGGAGAAAGUGGUGGAACUGGUUGCGAAGUUCUUGAGGGACAUCAAGAAGGAAUAUAUGUCGUAUUGA